UAUAAAACACGUUUCAAGUCCGUGUUUUUUUCUCUCUCAUUCCCUCUCCAGGCUUUGCUGCAUAGACAGUCACUCGAACUCAAAAGAGAAACUUUCCGGUGUUUGUAGCACACUAAUUUCUCGUCCGAGCGUCGCAAUCGCCGUCGAUUUCUCCUACAUAGCGCCCGGGACACGAGCCGCUGAAGAAUCCAGGCGAAACGGUAUCGUUCCGUGUAGUUUUGGGGGCGAUUUGAGGCGAAAUCUGUCUGAGCAAUCUGGUCUCUGGUCUGGGUUUUGAGGCGUGGGAAAUUAGGGUUUGUUGGAUUUUUGGGGUACAAGCUGGCUAUGGACUACGAGCCUUUCGAUAGCAGUGGAACUGAUGAUGAUCUUCCUCCACCACAUCAAAAUAGAAUCCCCAGAGGAGGGCGUGUCGCUGGGAAUGGAAGAUCCGCUGUUGUAGGUUCCAUCCCAUACUCUAGAAUGUAUGGUGAAACUGAUAUGGAGACCCAAAUUCACCAACUAGAGCAAGAAGCAUAUAGUUCAGUUUUAAGAGCCUUCAAAGCUCAAGCUGAUGCCAUUACUUGGGAGAAGGAAAGUUUAAUAACAGAACUUAGAAAAGAGUUAAGAUUAUCAAAUGAGGAACACAGAGAGCUUCUUGGCAGGGUUAAUGCAGAUGAUGUCAUCCGUAGGAUAAGGGAGUGGAGACAGGCAGGCGGGCUCCAACCUGGCAUGCUCACUACUGGUCAAGCUGUGCAUGAUCCCAUACCUAGUCCCACCGUCUCAGCUUCUCGCAAGAAACAGAAAAUAACCCAGUCAAUACCUUCUCAAUCCUUUGGUGGGCCAUCUCAAUCUUUUCACCCACAAGCAAUAGCUGCAUCCAACCAGCCAUCUUCAUCAGCUGCAAAACGAGGACCUAUUUUAGGACCCAAGGGAAAGAAGCAUAAAUCUGUAUUGCCUGGGGCAUCUUCAAUGAAGUCCAUGCAGUAUGCUUCCUCAGGUCCAACUGGAAGAGGUCAAGUUGCUAAUCGGGGAGUGAAUGAGCCUGCUGAAGCAGCAACAUUUGAUCCAUUGAUUGGGAGGAAAGUGAGGACCAGGUGGCCUGAUGAUAACAACUUUUAUGAAGCUGUUAUAACUGAUUACAAUCCAGUUGAGGGACGGCAUGCUCUGGUAUACGAUAUGGGUUCAGCAAAUGAGACAUGGGAAUGGGUUAAUCUUUCAGAGAUUUCUCCAGAGGAUAUACAGUGGGAUGGUGAGGACCCUGGAAUCUCUCGUAGAGGAGGUUAUGAUGGAUCAGGUCAUGGGAUGAAUAGAGCUGUAGGUCGUGAUAGUGUUCAGGGUGCAGGUAGAGGUAGAGGGCUCCCAAAGGGGCAGUCUAAAAAAGAUUUUCUGCCAUCACAGAAUGGCAUUGGGAAGAAGGCACCAGAUGAUAUUCAAAUACUUCAUACAGACACUCUAAUUAAGGAGGUGGAGAGGGUCUUUACUGCAAAUCAUCCGGACCCUCUUGAGAUUGACAAAGCAAAGAAAGUGCUGAAGGAGCAUGAACAAGCAUUACUUGAUGCAAUUGGGAGGCUUGCAGAUAUUUCUGAUGGCGAAAGCGGUACAAAUAUUCACAUCUCUUCUCCUCUUUUUCUUUUAUCUUGCUUCAGUUGAUUAUUCAAAGCUAGCAUUGCCCCAUUGUGGCUGUGACAAAUAGUUUGGCAUUUAGAGUUCCAUUGAAAUUGAAGGGAUAUAUUUGAUUUCCAGUCUCAGUGGAUGACAAAUUGCAUCCACUAGAAUGGAGGCAUAGCUGAAAACGGAGCUGCACAUCAGUUUCUGGCAUUUGAUAGUGCUCUGGAAGCACUCAUAUCAAAUGCAACAGAAAGAAAAAUCAACCUAUUUUAAACACCCCACCCACCAUAAAAAAAAAAAAAAAGAAAGAAAGAAAAAAAGAAAAAAAGCACACACACACAUGUACUACUAUUAUUAUCAUCUGGAAGCUCGAAUAGGUUAUUAUUUUCUAUCUUCAAAUUUCUGACAUUAUUUUCACCAAAUGAAUAAUCCUUUGCUCCUAUUUCUGUGCUAGUAGAAUCUAAAUUCCGGUUGCCAUAUGCUUUGUAUCUUUGUUGACAUAUGCCAACCAUUAGCAUGGUAGUAGUUGGCAUGGAAGUACUCGUCUCCCAGCUAAUCUUUUUCAGUUCCUCCCUUCCCUUUCUUUCCUUUUUUUCUGAUGUCUAUGUUGGCCCUUUCCUUGAGGCAGAUGAAGGUGGCCAUCAGUUCUCCCAUGGGCACUCAAUGGACCGAGAAUGACCGGAGGACCUGGCAUGUCAUAUGAUGAGAAGAUCCAACAUAGGCAUAGACUCUGGCGAUAAACUGGUUGCAGAAGGAUAUGUAAAUGGCAAUGACCCGUAAGAUGUUGAAGAGAUUAUCAAAACUGAUUUUUCUCCUAUAAUGCCAGUCCUCAGAUGAGAUGAUUUUUGUCGACAUGAAAUAAUAAUUCUGGGCUUGGGUCUUUGAGUUAACUGGGGCGGUUAGUUUAUCGGCUAACAGUAUAAUCAGUUUGAGGUAAAAGGCUGAUGCUUGUGUAAAAUUAUUGUAGUGAUUUAACAUGUGAUCCUGUAAAAUAUUCUUGGCCUUUUUAUUGGAUUUCCCAUGUUGCAGAUUGUUGCUGAUUAUUAGUGUGAUUCUGUAAAAGAUUUUUGGCCUUAAAAAGGGAUGUCUUUUGACUCUU